AUCACCAGCAUAAUGUCCAAUUUUGUUUGCAAACCAUUUAAUUUUUCAAGAUCUGAAUUAUGGUUUGAAUGGAUAUACAAUUUGGAGCAGCGAAAGAAUUAAUGAUGGAAUUGAGACCAAAUUUUGAAAAAGAAAUGUCUUACGAAGAAAUAAAAACUGAAUUUACUAAAUAUUUUAAUAUUAAGACACCAAACGUCAUUGUCGAACGACAAAAGUUCAAUAGUAGAGUAAAACAACCUAAUGAAACAAUAGAUGCUUUUACAACUGAUCUACUUAAAUUAGUGGGUAAAUGUGAAUAUGGACUAUUGGAAAAUUACGUUUUAAGAGAACGUAUUUUACAUGGUAUUGGAUACUGUACAACAUCAGCAUUGAUAGAUGCUAUGAAUGAUUUUUCUAUAGACGAGAUUAUAUCCAAAGAAAAAAAGGUGAAAACGUAAGGAAAAGAUCAAACAAUUUGAUUG